GUGACGACAGCCUCAUUAUGCGUUUAUAAGAGCGCCUGUCUGAUCUCACCACUGUCUUGUUGGAGGAGAUUCAGCCAGACAACACAUCGAAAGUGAACGGAUAGCGGCUCUGGAUCUGUAAUCUGGAGCUGUCACUUAACAUGAAAGUGUCCAAAUGGAACUAAACUCAUCGAACCUCCUCUGCAACGACACAGUUGCCUGGAUAUGGCUGUCUUCCCUCCAGCCUCCCUUUCUGGCUCUUAUCAGUAUCCUGGGAGUGGUGGGCAACAGUCUGGUCCUCUGCGUGUUCUGCCUCCAGCGGAAGUCGUGCAGCGUAGCUGAUGUGUAUCUGGGCAACCUGGCAGCUGCAGACCUCGUAAUGGUCCUCUGUUUGCCCUUCUGGGCGGUCACCAUCGCCCAAGACUAUCAGUGGGACUUUGGUCAACUGCUCUGCAAGGUGGUCAACACCGCCAUCUCGAUGAACUACUACUGCAGCGUGCUCUUCCUAGUGCUGGUCAGUGUUGACCGCUACCUCGCCUUGGCCAAACCCAUGAAUCCUAGUAGGCUGAGAUGCCCCAAAUGGGCCAAGCGUAUCUGUGCGAUGAUUUGGGCGGUUGGAUUCACCCUCAGUCUCCCAGCCUUGCUUUUCCGAAGAGUAAAUUUCGUUCCAUUCUUAGGGGUGAAAGCUUGCUACCUAGUGUACCCUCAUCCGGCCUGGGUGCUCCAACGGAACUUUACGACCAACUUGAUUGGAUUCCUGGUUCCCCUGCCGAUCAUUUCACUUUGCACCUUUCACAUAGUCAAGGCACUUAAAAAUCGUGGCCUGGUGAUUCAACCGAGGGUGCGGACGGAGAGGAAGGCCGCUCAGCUGGUUCUGACGGUCCUAGUGGUAUUUUUCCUGUGCUGGACUCCCUUUCAGCUGGUGCGGUUCCUAAACACUCUUGACUACUUUAAGCUCCUUCCUGGGUGCCUCUGGGAGGACAUAUUGCAAAUAGGCAACCAGCUGGCUUCUUAUAUAGGGUAUAGCAAUAGCUCAAUAAACCCUUUCUUGUACGUUAUCGUAGGGAGUCACUUCCGAAAGAGAGCUCGAGAAGUUUUUGGGAGACUUUUGCAUCCUGGAUGGAAGAGCAAAUCCUCUGUGCUCACAAAUGUUACUGUUAUUAGCAAGUGUGGUGACAGUCCCAAAGACAAUAGAAUAACUCCGCUGGCACUGAGAGCUGUGCCCUCACACCUCAUAUAGUGUGUAGGUCACUAUGAAGAUACAAAGAAGCUCAAAUGGAGGAGUGGGAAAGAAACAUCAUGGUCAAGGUUCGAUUCCCAGGAGAAAAAUAUAUACCUCUGAUUUGUUUGAUUGUGCAAUCUCAUUUACCUUUCCCCACAUCCGUUCUUUCCGACUUAGCUGAGGUGUGGAAAGAAUGACAUGUGAGGAUGGAGGAAUUGGUGGAAUAUUCAAGUGUCACGUCAACAAUGAUUUUGCA